GCAGCUUCUCCACAACCUUCCGAUCCAACCAGGAAAAAUACAAAGUACAAGUAUCCGCUAACUUGCAUUCAUCCCACUCUAUCCGACUAUACACUAACCAUCAGCAUCUCAUUCUCUCUCCUCAUCGCACCUAUACUAAUACCUAAACCUACAACUCCUGGCAUUCUGUUUGAUCUUGUCAAACACAUACAUCCUCUCGCAUUCCAUCAUUACACGAUUACUAAGCACGUGCAUGACAAUCCGCGUUUUGUGUGUUAGGAGUUGCAAAUCUCAAUCAUGAAAGGAUUCUUGAAGAAGGCGAAAGCAGAGCUGGAAGACAUUCUCGACAGCAACAAAAAGUCCACCCAGUCAGCAACUCGGUCGAGCCCGGACGGCCCGAAUUAUAUUCAAGAGCCUACACCUGUCGAUAUCCUCCGCUAUCGCUACCACCACGGCACCAAUCUUGGCUCUAUUUACGUGAUCGAACGAUGGCUACACCCUUCCUGCUUCCCCGAUGAUGCUUCUGGAAGCAGUGAACUGGCGAGUGUUAAGGCUUGGGUCGAUAAAAUCGGCAUCGAGGAUACUCGGAAGCAUUUUGAACAGCGUUGGGCCGACGCCGUAAGCGACGAAGAUAUCAGGUGGCUACAAGAAACUGCAAAGUGCACGACCAUUCGAUUGCCUAUUGGCUACUUCGAUCUAGAUCCUUCUUUCACCCAAGGAACCCCCUUUGAACCAUAUGCUGCCGUCUACACGGGAGCAUGGUCGAGUAUUUGGACGUUGAUAUCUCGCCUUCGUGCUCACUCCAUCGGCACCCUUAUCGACCUCCAUGCCCUCCCUGGGGGUGCCAAUCCUAAUGAACACUCAGGAACUAACUUCGGCACCACUGAGUUGUGGACUUCUCAUACCAAUCGAAACCUAGGUGUUCAGUGUUGUCAAUUUAUUGCUCAAGAGAUCAACAAAGGGCUUGAUGUUGCUGGUGUUCAAAUUGUGAACGAAGCUGAAUGGGACAGUGAGCAUAUGUACGAGUGGUACGAUGACUGCAUUGAUGCUAUUUCUAUCAUCAACCCCAACAUUCCCGUUGCGAUUUCCGAUGGCUGGAACCUGGGCAGAGCUGUCGAGUACAGUUUGAAAAAGAAUUCUGCUUAUCCAUCGAAGCCCACGUGUCCGGUUGUAAUCGACACUCACUAUUACUGGGCCUUUUCCGAUGAGGAUAAGCAAAAGAGUCCGCAACAGAUCAUAUCCGAAGUCAACAACAAGCUCGCAGAGCUCGAUGGCAGAGAGGGCAGCGUUGUUGAUCGAGGAGCCGUGCAAGUCAUUGUCGGAGAGUACAGUUGCGUCCUUACCGAGGACUCAUGGGCCAAGUCUGGUGACGCCCCGAAGUCCGAGCUCGUCAAACAGUUCGGACAGGCACAGAGUCAGAGAUACCAAGCGCGAAGUGGUGGUGCCUUCUUCUGGACAUGGAAAAUGGACUGGUUCCCAGGUGGCGAAUGGGGAUUCGCGGAACAAGCUAACAACGGUGCUAUUGUGCCACACCACUUCCAGAGCACCCCGCCACACGAGAUCUCGGAGAUUGUGGAGCGCGCAAGACGGAAUCUUAAUGAUCGAAUGUACUCAGCUGUCAAUCAGCAUGUGUCCUACUGGCAACAUCAUGCCCCGAACAUGGGAGGGGAACAUUGGCGAUUUGAGGCUGGCUACAAGAUCGGAUAUAAUGAUGCUCUCAUCUUCUUUGAGGGCCGUGGCCAACAAGCUAUCGCUGGAGGGAACAGAAUUGGCAAUGUCGAGCUCUGGAUUUUGAAGAGGAUUCGCGAAAGUGGUUUCAAGGGCAACUUUGUGUGGGAAUUUGAGCAAGGUAUGAGGAGGGGCGUGCAGGAUUUCCAAGGCAUCGUAGGCGUAUAAGGAGGUGCAUAGAUGGGAACCGAAUCUUGUGUCAGGUGCCCUGGGUAAUGUUACUCCAGUAAUUCGCUAAACAUCGACGCUUUUGACUACAUAUGACAGUGAUUGUGACAUUGACCACG